AUGGAUGUUCUGGACAAAUUGAAGGCUAAGUACAAGUUGUCUGCUGAGACAGAAAAUUUCUUGAAGUUGCAGCUGGAGCAGCAAGUCAAUGGGGAGACAGGGAAGAUAGAGAAGGAGAACUCGGCAGGGUCUGUCUCCGAGUUUAGUGACAAGAUUGUGGCAGAUUUUGAUGGCUAUGUCAAACAGUUCUCAGUGCCAUCUGCUGGUGUUCCUAAUGGUGUUCCUAUUUCUGUAGUCAAGCCCAAGGACUGUGCCCGCAGGCCUGGGAUUCUGAUCAACUUCCAUGGGGAUGGACAGCUUGCAGGCUCUAAACAUGCCACACAAGCUUUGUGCAUGCUGCUGGCCAGGGAACUGAAGUGUGUGGUGGUGGAUGUGGACUAUCGACUGGCUCCGGAGCACAAGUUUCCUGCCAUGUUUGACGAUGGCAAAGCUGUGGUCAGAUGGGUUUUAAUGAACAAGUCCCUGAUUGGUGGUGAAAAUGACAGCAAAGUUGGUGUCCUGGGAGCUGGGGCUGGAGGGGGCAUAGCCUUGACCAUUGCCUUUGAAGUCCCUGGAAUCGACUAUCAGAUUCUGGUGUACCCUUUAGUAGACUGGAGCUGUCAGGGAGCAAGCUUUGAUGAAUGUGAAUUUCCUGGGAGCAACUUCAGCCUGUCUGCCAGUAUCAGAAAAAGUGUGGAAGCCAGCCUCAGGUCUGAAGCAGACAGGACCAAUGUUCGAGCCUCACCAGUUCUUCGCAAGGAUUUCACCCCCUUGCCACCAACUCUUCUACUCAUCGCAGAAGUUGACCCUCUCAAGGACUCCAAUUAUGAGUUCAAGUCAAAGAUGAAAGCUGCCAAUGUUGUUUGUGACAGCAAGCUGAUGAAAGGUGCUAUCCAUGGCUUCUUUUCUCUCCCAGGUCAGUUUCCGGAGACGAAUCAGAGAGCCAGAGAAAUUAUUGGUCAGUUCUACAAGAAGCAUGGAGUUUGCUGA